AUGGCAGCUAAUACAUCAUCAUUCUUUAAUAUUCCCCAGUUAAUAACUAAUUCAGAUGAAUCUGAAGAACAUGAUCGAGAUGAAGAAAGCAUUCUACAACGAUUAAGACAUACAUGUGGUACAAGGGCGAAUGAUACACAAGAUUAUUUAAAUAUCAUAUGGAAUGUAUCAACCUUUUUCAUAUUUGUUUUUCUCAAAUUUCUGACAGAAGACUUUACACUUAUAACUCGUCUCAUUGGUGGCUUCAUGUUGGUAUUCUAUGCUGAUUAUAAGUUUCAACGAUGUGUUCGAAAAAAUGAGAAUCCAAGUGUUCUGAUUCGAUUAAGAGCAAUAGCAAUGAGUGCUGUUUUCUGUUAUUCUUCCUCCAAUCAUAUAUUCACCGUUGAUAACUAUAGCUUAAAACAAGUUAUUCUUCUGAAAAAGUGUGAUAUGGCUGUUGAAUCGUUUGUUGGAACUAUCAAAACAAUAUUUCUAUCAAUAUAUUUUAUUAAAUUAUUUACAAUACUAAUGAAGAGUUUGAUUUUUGCAAUGCCAACUGGAUGUUUGACACAAACAAGCAAAAGCCAAUUCUAUCAGCUUUCCGAAUUUCUAUCUCAGACAUUCUGCUCUUUCAUAAUAACUGUGCAAUGGAUUCAUUAUUUCAAAGGAUCAUGGCUUAUAGAUGAAGAAAUUAUAAUUAAUUGGAAGAAAUUAUGCUUAAUAAUAGGAUAUUCAAUAUUCAAAAUUAAAAUUGUUGUUGGACAGCUCAUUACUGUAGCAAGAUGUUUGGGAAAUUUGACGGAAUAUAGAAUUCAGCCGACUGCAGAAGAAAUUGAAAAAGCUGAACUAUGCCCUAUAUGUUGUGAUCAGUUUCGGAAGCCUCAGAAACUUAAAUGUAAUCAUGUAUUUUGUACGAAAUGCAUUGAUUCAUGGUUUGAGAAGACAAGAACAUGUCCUGUAUGUCGAAUAUAUUCACCAUUGACCAAUAGCACAAAAUAUUCUGAUGGUACAACAUCUAAAAUAAUAGAAUUUUGGUAG